UUUUCUCCAUUAUCUCCCUCGGCCAUACGCUCUGGGUAAUCCACUCGUAACGUGUUCUCGUAUUAUUAUUGACCGCGCAAACCAUUUGGGAAACAAUAACAAUGCACAGUUCCUUCGGACAACGGCGACUUAUUAUUUAAAUUCUUAAGGAAUAUUAUAUUUGUCUGGAAUUCGUGCCGUAAACGGAUAUUAUUCAUAAUAAUAAUCUAUUAUCACGCGUCAGAUUAAGGCCUAUCAAUAAUCAAUCAAAAUGUCCGGUAUUGCAUUGACUCGACUAGCCGAAGAACGUAAAGGAUGGAGAAAGGAUCAUCCGUUUGGAUUUGUAGCAAAACCAGCAAAAAACACGGACGGUUCUAUGAAUCUCAUGGUUUGGGAAUGCUAUAUUCCAGGAAGGAAAAAUACCGCAUGGGAAGGUGGUAUGUACUUCUUGCGUAUGAUCUUCAAAGACGAUUAUCCUUCCAGUCCACCUAAAUGUAAAUUUGAACCGCCAUUGUUCCACCCCAAUGUUUACCCUUCAGGAACCGUGUGUUUGUCAUUGUUAGACGAAGAAAAAGACUGGCGUCCGGCAAUCACCAUAAAGCAAAUUUUACUCGGUAUUCAAGAUCUUCUAAAUGAACCAAACAUCAAAGAUCCCGCACAAGCCGAAGCAUACACAAUCUACUGCCAAAACCGUGUAGAAUACGACAAACGCGUUAGAGCGCAAGCGAAAGCGAUGACUAGACCAGAGUGAUCACGCUGAAAUGAUCAAAAUUCAGACGACGUUGGAUGUUCUUUCCUUUUUUAAAUUAAUAAUUUUAAAUUUGUUUUUAUUACUAUUAUUACUAUCACGGCCGUCUGGUGUAUGGAGUGUCUCCCCAAACACUAUUUGUACAAUAUAUUCAACGUGAAAUAUUCAUAUAUUUAGCUCAUAUUCUUUAUUUUAUAUUGAAAAAUAUGUAUUUUUUUUUUUUAUUAAAAUAAUAUUUAUAAAUUGUGUUCGCCAAUUGUAUAAUUUCUGAGGAAUUUCUUUUAAGGCAAGACGAUUUUUUUUAUAGUUUUUAGUUCUUUUACGACAAACGGUUAAUAUUAGGAAAACAAAAAAUCCAAAAAUCCCCUUCACCAAUAACUAUUACUGUCCGUUAUUAAAAUAAAAUUAGUGAAAAAAAUAUAUACGUAUAUUAAAUUGUAAUAUAAUCGUAAUGUUUUUAAGGGUAUUUUUAUUCAUUGCAAAAAUUUUUUUUUUUUUACAUUGAAAAAUGUAAAUUUUUUUUGACGAUCAAACUCUUAACCAAGAUUUUGUUGUCGUUUUAAUUCCAUACUAUAAAUAGGUAUACAUUAAAUUUAAUAUAAGUUAAAUUAUCAUUUUUUCUGUUUUACAUAAUAUAGCUUUUAUAAUACUUGAUAAGUUUAACUUAAUGAUUUUUCUAUAGUCGUUGGUCAAGUAAUAACUCAUGAAAGUAUGUCGAGCAGACACAUUGGAUGAUGUCGAUGUUAAUUUUUAUUAUUAAUAUAAGUUAUCAUUAUUUAUUUGUUAUAAUAAAACAACAUAAGUAGCAGUUUUGUAUGAACUACAAAAUAUUGUUAUAUUUUGUAACGAGUGAUGGUAAAGAAUAAUAAUGAUGUGUUUUAAUUACUUAACCAUUU